GGUGUCGCCGCGGUGUCAGUGGUUGACGGCAGACGGUGUCGCGAGCGGCCGGUGAAGGACGACGACGACCGCGGCGGCCGGGCCGGGCCGUGCGGCGGCGGCGGCGGGCGCCAUGCCGUUCUGGGACCUGCAGCGGCAGCUGGGCAUCGACGUGGACCGCUGGCUGCUGCGGCAGAGCACGACGCAGCCCUACGGCGCGGCCGCGGCCUGCCACGCCUUCGAGCGCGAGUGGGUGGCGUGCGGGCACGGCCUGGGCCAGACCCGCGCCCGGCGCGAGUGCCAGCUCGAGUACGAGGACUUCCUGGAGUGCAUGCACCGCACCAAGCUGGCUGCUCGUCUCAAAACAAUUCUUGACCAGAGGAACAAGUUAAUAAAGGAAGGGAAGUACACGCCGCCCGAUUACCAUAAGGGCACAGAGGAGCCCAGGCCUUGAUUUGCUGGGGACGUGCAGAGUACCUAACCGUCCAUCGCUUGUAGACAUGUGGAACUUAAACUGCUCUGGAACAGAUAACGUUGUGGUGCAGCCAGUGUGUGCUGACACUGUCCCGUGUGCCCGUGAUGUUGGGGUGGGGGCGAGGUUCUGUGCAAAGCUCUCACCCCUUCUAAAAGGGCUGUGUCAGUAACUAUCAUUUCUGCUAGUAAAUGUCUCUGAUGGAA